UAUCAGUCGGGCCGUGACGGGGCACGACUACGCAAGUCUACCCUUCAUUUCGGUAAACAACCCGAAGGGGACAGUAGGGUCGGGGCCGAGCAGUUGCACGUUAAGGUGAACCAGGAUGUCAAGCACCAGGAGGUGUUUGGAUUUGGCGGUGCUUUUACCGACUCGACCGGUAUUAAUAUACGCAAAGCCGGGGAUAAAUUGGGGGAUCAGAUACUGAGGGAUUAUUUCAGCAAGGACGGUAUUGAAUAUAGCGUGGGUAGGAUACCCAUUGGCGGGUCGGACUUUUCUACCCAUCCAUACGAGCUGGAUGAUGGUGGCGAGGAUAAGACACUGUCUAAGUUUAAUCUCACCAGCGAGGAUCUUGAGGAUAAAGUAAGUGUUUACCUAGAAGCAUACAAAGCCCACAACAUAACCCAUUGGGGCAUAACUGUCCAAAAUGAACCUAUGGCCUCCCAGAGCUGGAACUCCAUGAGGUACACGGCUGAGACCACCCGGGACUUUGUCGCUAAAACACUGGGACCUGAGUUAGAGGCCAGUGGUUGGGGACCCGACAAACUCAAGCUCAUGGUAUUGGACCACAACCUGGAUCUGGUGAAGGAGUGGGUGCGCGUCAUAUUUGCCGACAAAACUGCCGCCAAA